AUGGCUCUGUUAAGGGAGAAGAGACUGCAGCUCUCGCUGCACGUCCCGACCCGCGCAGCCGACGCCCAGGAGGCCGGACUACACCGGCGUCCCAACCCAGCGGCCGCGCUGCCGCUGGCGGCCACGACCCCGGCGGCGCGAUCGAGCCAGUUCCGCGUCGCCGACUUCGAGAAGCUGGCCGUGCUGGGCCGCGGGAACGGCGGCACCGUGUACAAGGUCCGCCACCGGGAGACGUGCGAGCUGUACGCCCUCAAGGUGCAGCACUGCAACGGCGACGCGACCGCCGAGGCCGAGGUGCUCAGCCGCACGGCCUCGCCCUUCGUCGUCCGCUGCCACUCCGUCCUCCCCGCCGCGGCCUCCGGCGACGUCGCCAUGCUCCUCGAGCUCGUGGACGGCGGGUCUCUCGACUCGAUCGUCAAGAGCCGCAGCAGGGGCCAGGCCGAGGCGUUCUCCCAGUUCCCGGAGGAAGCACUGGCCGAGGUCGCGGCGCAGGCGCUGUCUGGACUGGCAUACCUCCACGCGCGCCGCAUCGUGCACCUGGACGUGAAGCCGGGGAACCUGCUCGUCAGCACGGGCGGCGAGGUUAAAAUCGCCGAUUUCGGCAUCGCCAGGGUGCUCCCGCGCGCCGGGGGCGACGACGUGCGCUGCACGGCCUACGCGGGCACCGCGGCCUACAUGAGCCCCGAGCGGUUCGACCCGGAGGCGCACGGCGGGCACUACGACCCGUACGCCGCGGACGUGUGGGGCCUCGGAGUCACCGUCCUGGAGCUCCUCAUGGGCCGCUACCCGCUCCUCCCCGCCGGGCAGCGGCCCAGCUGGGCCGCGCUCAUGUGCGCCAUCUGCUUCGGCGAGACGCCCGCGCUGUCUGACGGCGAGGCGUCCGCGGAGCUCAGAGGGUUCGUCGCCGCGUGCCUGCACAAGGACUACCGCAGGAGAGCGUCCGUCGCGGAGCUGCUCGCUCACCCGUUUGUUGCCGGAAGGGACGUGGCCGCGUCCAAAUGCGCGCUCCGGAAGCUGGUCACCGAGGCUUCGAUGUCGCCGUGAUCCUGCCGGCCGGGCGGCAGCGCCGUGCACAUACAUAGAUAGGAUCAGUUUUGUUAGCCUGUACAGAAGUGGUGUAUAUGUGCAUAGCAUAUCACACUUUAGUUAGCUGCUUAGCUUAGGAAUGUACACACUGUCAUGCAUCUGACUGAA